AUGCAACGUAAGUGGGGCGGGGCGAAAAAAGCCGCCAACAAAGGCAAGGAGAAGGUGGAAAACAGAAUAUAUCUGCCUUCAUGGGUCAGGAAUGCGGGGCAUGACGCCCAACGUGCCAGAGGUGUACAGCCGGUACAUGACAAUCCGGGAUAUGAAACGUUCGUACGAGAUCCAUUUUUAAGAAAUCCUCAAUCCGAUAGGACUGCAGCCAGGGGUAUCAGAAGAAUUGGGCAAAAUCCAGAUAACAAUAGAGCUGAGCCUUCGUCGUCAAGGAAUCCAAUGGCAAUAAGGGGUGCGAGCAUAGAUGACGUGGAUUCGGAUGGGAGUUACUAUCGCGUCCCCAGUACUGAAGACUUCGACACACUCGAUAACAAUGAUUUGGACUUCACUCUUCCGGCUAAAACUCAGGAUAACUCCAGUGAUAGCCAGACAGCUGCUCCUGUUCCCCCUUCUAUAUCAGAGAAUGGGCACAUGGCAAUUAAUUCGGAUCUUGGCCGUCUGCCAAGUAUAGUGGUCGAUAUAAACCAGAAUAACAAAGAGGAGCCCGAAAAGUCUUCACCGCGACGGGAAAUUCUAGAACCCCUGUUGGCCAGAGGUCCUUCAGAUCUCAGUAAGUGA